AUGGAUGCAGUGACUUUUGAUUGCUUCAUGCCUGAUGCGCAGUACGAUGUUAUAGCGCUGCAGGAAAUACAUCACGGUUUGGGAAAGCAAUCCUCGCAGUGGCAUUCAGCAGGCUGGCGCUUCGUUACCAGCAUAGACGGCCAUACGCGAUUUCAGGGGCUAGCAACGUUGGUGAGACGGGACCUUGUGCAGGGGGCAGAGCUUCAUCAACAGGAGCUGGCUGUGGGUCGAUUGCUACAUGUACGGAUCUCCCGAGAUGAAUACAACAUAGAUGUCCUCAACAUUUACCAGCAUGCCUAUCAGCAGGACUCCUCCGGGAACAACCUCUCCAAACGUCAUCAGCUGUGGGAUAAACUCAACACGACCGUGCAGGGCUUGGCCAGACGUAACAUGCUUGUGCUGCUUGGUGAUUUCAAUUGUACGCCGAAACAUGUGCAAGGCCACACCGGCUACGAGCUGUCGCGGGCUGAGUUGUAUGCUGAUGCGGCUGAAUUUUCCACGGUCUUGGAAGCCAACCAGCUGAUAGUGCUCAAUACCUGUCUAGACGAAGAUCACUGGAUACUUUUGCUGGUCGCUGCCUAUGCCGGGACUUACUUUCAGUCCGUGGAGAAUGGGAGGCAAGCAUUUCCCUGUGCAGGCCACCUUGCCCUUGCACCCUGGCUGGCAUCGAGCUUCGAGCAGGGCCCCCACUACAACCAGGCUCUUCGGGUUGACUUCGAGCAGAGACUCCUGCAACUUCAGGCUCCUACACUGCAACAGGUCAAUGAUUUGAGGUUCGACUCUCAGUGGCGGAUAUGUGGAGAGCUCGCAAACGUCUACGGAGCAGGUUGGCACGCAAAGCUAUACUGGAACAACACUUGGCGCAGGCACGAGAAGCAGUUUCUCGUGGUUCGCAUACAUGGCAAGAAGGGGGAACUGCUCACUUAUCAACAGGAGCACCAGACCAUGAUUGAUUACUUUCAAGAUCUGUUCCAGUCCCAGUCUGAUGCCUUGGGAACUCCAGUAUGCAGCAGCGCUUCCAACUACCACAUUACGGCUGCAGACUUUGAGAAGGCGAUCUGCUCGUUGAAGAUGGGCAAGGCUGUGCCUCCCAGCAGUGCUCCCACCAGCGCAGUUCGUGCCUGUUCGGACAUUGUCUCCAGGCUAGCUGCCGAUCAGGAUUGUGGAGCUAAGGCUUACGCCAAGAUCUUAAAGGAAAUACUGCUUCGAGAGGUAGUACGGAAACGGCAAUUGCCAGAGUCAUUGAUCAUUGUCGGCAAGUCCGCAAUCUCCAUCGAGGCAGUUGGCGGGAUACAACUGGCCAUUGAUCUUUCUACAGCCUUCGACAUGGUGCCCAGAGACCAGCUGUGUUGUGCUCGACAGUGGGCAGGAGUUGUGCUAGGCAUUCGGGGUGCUUUUGGGGUAGGACUUCUGGCUCCGCACAUACAUGGCACGGCCAGCAGUCGAAGAUUAGUCCUGGGCCCUCCCCAUCAGCAGCUAGUCAUCCCCAUCAAAGAUAGCAUGACUUAUCUGGGAGUGCAGAUCUCCUAUGGCAAUUUUGAGGAUGCCACCGUGAAUGCCAGACUGGCUGUCGCUCAGAGCACCCGUGGGAGAUUGAUCAAGGUGCUGCAUGCCUGCAGGACCAUUGUGUCAAUCAAAUGCCCAUCUGCAAACACUGUGGUUUCCGCUGCGGGGCUUCAGUCUACGGAGCUUGCUUUGCAGUCCGCUGCGGAGCUCCGAACAGAGACUAAGGAUGAUUCGGAAUGUGCCCCGUUCGAGCAAGACUCAGUGCAGCGGCUGAUUGCCACGGCCGAGUGGAAAAACAUUUUGCAGCUGCCUAACAUGAGCACCACUUUGCAGCAUCAUUGUGUUCUAUGCAAUCAGUUGGUCGCCAAAGCUCCCAGUUCCAUGGUUCUUCAUGUCAAAGCCGUGCGUCAAGAUCUCAUGCUACACUGGGACAAUGCUAUGGCUCACAGUUUGACUUUACGCGAGGGGCACGCCAGGCCCUGCUCACUACCCCCGCUGAAACUCAGCAUGGAGCACCUGGAGGCGAUGGAGACUCCUUCCACGCAGGUGGAUCAGGAGGUGGGCGACAUCCUGGGAGCUGCAGUGGAUACUCUUUUUAAAGGAAGGAGGGAUGAGGAGAUGCCACAGGCCUCAGCACGGGCAAGCGCGGGACCUCUCAAGUUUCCCAAGCCGGCGGGCAAGGGACAAGGGCAAGGCCAACACAAUCCCACGGGGAGUCAGGAGGCUGGCCAGGAUCCAGGGCAGAGCUCGGAGCAGGGCUCGGAUCCACGGCAGUGGACCCGGGAAAGGACUCGUCAACGACAGGACGAGAUGUGGCGACAGUGGGAGUCGGAUACGGCAUGGUACCAGAACGAGGAGCUGAAGAAGCUUCGAAGGGAGAUGGGAUAUCUCCAGGAGCAGAUGAGGCUCUUUGCCCGAAUGUCUUUGAGGCACGAAGACGAGCUCUCGCAAAUGCGAACCGAGAGAGAUUUCGUGCUCACUUUCGAGCCGCCGACCCAAGCAGCCGAAGGCAACGAGUCGAACAUGCUGGGCCUUCUUUUCAGGAUGGCGGUGGUUUGGAAGGAGAAGAAGGAGGCGGGCCAGGUGGACAGCAGCCUACGUAUG